AGCCUCUCCGCCCGCUCGGGCCCAGGGGCCUCCCCCGGAAUCUCCGCGCGCGCGCACGCACGCGCGCACGCGCGCCACGGGAAGCCACGGCCCCGCGAGGCUCGCCCCUGUCGGCCCCGCGGCGCGCGCAUCCGGAGCCGCUCGGCCCCCCGGGAGCGGCGCACGCGCAGUGCGGGCGCGCGCCCCCGCCCCCCGCCCGGCUCCGGCCCGGCCUCAGACCGCGGCGAGUCGGCGGCCGCCCUGACCGAAGAAGGCCCUGAAUCCCAGUGUCGCCCGCGGUUCUGAAGACUCUGCGCGGCCCCGGGAGAGGGUGGAGACGGCGGCGGCGGUGACGAGCUUCCCGGCUGCCGGCGGCCGAAGCGGAGUGGCUUGGGUGGAGGAAGUAGAAGCCGAGGAGCCCGAGGGGGCAGCCGCGCCUGCAGCUAACGGCCUCCCGGGGCGCUGACCGCUGGGCAGGCGAACCGCUGGCUCCGGAGUUCGCGCCGCCGCCGCCGCCGCCGCCUCCGCCUCCUCCGCCUCCUCCUCAGCUGCUCUGUCGUGGGGCCCGGACUUGGAGGCGCGUCUGGGAGGAGAACUGGUGCCCGCAGCCCAGGGAGAGAGAGAGGCCGGGUCCUCGCCGCCGCCGCCGCCGAGGGAUGUGAGUGGGAGCCGCAGCCGCGCGGGAGGGAUCGGAGGUCCCAGCCUGGCGGAUGCUCGGACCCGAACCCGUGCCCGCUCCGGGGGCUUCGCAGACCGUGGCCGGCCGGAGGCGCCCGGUAGGAGCCGCCUGGGGUCUGGGGGCGCGUCCUCACCGCCCGGUCCGAGCCGCGGGUUUCAGAAGCGGGUAAGGGAACAAGAUGUGAACUGUUUUCCUUCUGCAGAACAAGAGGCCCUUCCUCCCCUCCGCGCCAAGGCCCCUUCCCUGUACUCCUAGUUCCCAAAUUGUGUGCUGAGUGAGAUGUCUCACAGUACCAGUGAACUUAGGCUUGUCUGAAGUAGUUCAUGUUUGAGUAUGAUAUCAAUAGAUGAUCUUUGGAUUUGACAGUUGGCUGAACAGUGGAGACUUCUAUCCAAAGUUCUUAUCACUGGAACUGAUGAGAAUUUUGGGCAUAAUAAAGAUUGGGAGGCAAAUGUCCUGAAAAAGACUGCGUGGAAAUGGCUUGCCUCACAAUGACAGAAAUGGAAGGAACAUGCACACCUCCUAUGCAUCAGAAUGGUGAUAUUCCUGGAAUUACUGAUCCUGUGAAACAAAUAGAUCCAAUCCUUCAGGUGUAUCUUUAUCAUUCCCUUGGGAAAACUGAGGGAGAUUACCUGAAGUUUUCAACUGGGGAAUAUGUUGCAGAAGAAAUUUGUGUUGCUGCUUCUAAAGCCUGUGGAAUCACACCUGUGUAUCAUAGUAUGUUUGCUUUAAUGAAUGAAACGGAAAGGAUCUGGUAUCCACCCAACCAUGUCUUCCAUAUAGAUGAGUCAACUAGGCACAAUGUACUCUACAGAAUAAGAUUUUACUUUCCUUACUGGUAUUGUAGCGGCAGCAACAGAACUUAUCGACAUGGAAUAACUCGAGGUGCUGAAGCUCCUCUCCUUGAUGACUUUGUUAUGUCUUACCUUUUUGCUCAGUGGCGGCAUGAUUUUUUGCAUGGGUGGAUAAAAGUACCUGUGACUCAUGAAACACAGGAAGAGUGUCUUGGGAUGGCAGUAUUAGAUAUGAUGAGAAUAGCCAAAGAAAAUGAUCAAACCCCACUGGACGUCUAUAGCUCUAUCAGCUAUAAGACAUUCUUACCAAAAUGUAUUCGAGCAAAGAUCCAAGACUAUCAUAUUUUGACAAGAAAGCGAAUAAGGUACCGAUUUCGCAGAUUUAUUGAGCAAUUCAGCCAUUGCAAAGCCACUGCCAGAAACUUGAAACUUAAGUAUCUUAUAAAUCUGGAAACUCUUCAGUCUGCCUUCUACACAGAGCAAUUUGAAGUAAAAGAACCUGGAAGAGGUCCUUCAGGUGAGGAGAUUUUUGCAACCAUUAUAGUAACUGGAAACGGUGGAAUUCAGUGGUCAAGAGGGAAACAUAAAGAAAGUGAAACACUGACAGAACAGGAUUUACAGUUAUAUUGUGACUUUCCCGAUAUUAUUGAUGUCAGUAUUAAGCAGGCAAGCCAAGAAGGCUCAAAUGAAAGCAGAAUUGUAACUAUCCAUAAGCAAGAUGGUAAAAAUCUGGAAAUUGAACUUAGUUCAUUAAAGGAGGCUUUGUCUUUUGUGUCAUUAAUUGAUGGAUAUUAUAGAUUAACUGCAGAUGCACAUCAUUACCUCUGUAAAGAAGUAGCAUCUCCAGUGGUUCUUGAAAAUUUACAAAGCAACUGUCAUGGCCCAAUUUCAAUGGAUUUUGCCAUAAGUAAACUGAAGAAAGCAGGUAAUCAGACUGGACUUUAUGUACUUCGAUGCAGUCCUAAGGAGUUUAAUAAAUAUUUUUUGACUUUUGCUGUUGAGCGUGAUAAUGUCAUUGAAUAUAAGCACUGUUUGAUUACAAAAAAUGAGAAUGGAGAAUUCAACCUCAGUGGGACUAAGAAGAACUUCAGUAAUCUUAAAGAUCUUUUGAAUUGCUAUCAGAUGGAAACUGUUCGCUCAGACAAUAUAAUUUUCCAAUUUACAAAAUGUUGUCCUCCAAAGCCAAAAGAUAAAUCAAACCUUCUAGUCUUCAGAACAAAUAGUGUUUCUGAUGUACCAACCUCACCAACAUUACAGAGACAUAAUAAUGUGAACCAAAUGGUGUUUCACAAAAUCAGAAAUGAAGAUUUAAUAUUUAAUGAAAGUCUUGGCCAAGGCACUUUUACAAAAAUUUUUAAAGGUGUAAGAAGAGAAAUAGGAGAUUAUGGUCAACUGCAUGAAACAGAAGUUCUUUUAAAAGUUCUGGAUAAAACACACAGAAACUAUUCAGAGUCUUUCUUUGAAGCAGCAAGCAUGAUGAGCCAGCUUUCUCACAAGCAUCUGGUUUUAAAUUAUGGAGUAUGUGUCUGUGGAGAGGAGAAUAUUCUGGUUCAGGAGUUUGUGAAAUUUGGAUCACUAGAUACAUAUUUGAAAAAGAAUAAAAGUUCUAUAAAUAUAUUAUGGAAACUUGAAGUGGCUAAACAAUUGGCAUGGGCCAUGCAUUUUCUAGAAGAAAAAAACCUUAUUCAUGGGAAUGUGUGUGCCAAAAACAUUCUACUUAUUAGAGAAGAAGACAGGAAGGCAGGAAAUCCUCCUUUCAUCAAACUUAGUGAUCCUGGCAUUAGUGUUACAGUUUUGCCAAAGGACAUUCUUCAGGAGAGAAUACCAUGGGUACCACCUGAAUGUAUUGAAAAUCCUAAAAACUUAAACUUGGCAACAGACAAAUGGAGUUUUGGUACCACUUUGUGGGAAAUCUGCAGUGGAGGAGAUAAGCCUCUCAGUGCUUUGGAUUCUCAAAGAAAGCUACAGUUUUAUGAAGAUAGACACCAGCUUCCUGCACCAAAGUGGACAGAAUUAGCAAAUCUUAUUAAUAAUUGUAUGGAUUAUGAACCAGAUUUUAGACCUUCUUUCAGAGCCAUCAUACGAGAUCUUAAUAGUUUGUUUACUCCGGCUUAUGGUAUAAUAGCCUUUAUUUCUGCAGAUUAUGAAAUAUUACUAGAGAAUGACAUGUUACCAAAUAUGAGGAUAGGUGCCCUAGGGUUUUCUGGUGCUUUUGAAGACCAAGACCCUACUCAGUUUGAAGAGAGACACUUGAAAUUUCUGCAGCAACUUGGCAAGGGUAAUUUUGGAAGUGUCGAGAUGUGCCGGUAUGACCCUCUACAAGACAACACUGGGGAGGUGGUGGCUGUGAAAAAGCUCCAGCACAGUACUGAAGAGCACCUCAGAGACUUUGAAAGGGAAAUUGAAAUCCUUAAAUCCCUGCAGCAUGACAACAUUGUGAAGUACAAGGGAGUGUGCUACAGUGCUGGCCGGCGUAAUCUACGAUUAAUUAUGGAAUAUUUACCAUAUGGAAGUUUACGAGACUAUCUCCAAAAGCAUAAAGAACGAAUAGAUCAUAAAAAACUUUUGCAAUAUACAUCACAAAUAUGCAAGGGUAUGGAAUAUCUUGGUACAAAAAGGUAUAUCCACAGGGAUCUGGCAACAAGGAAUAUAUUGGUAGAGAAUGAAAACAGAGUUAAAAUUGGAGAUUUUGGGUUAACAAAAGUCUUGCCACAAGACAAAGAAUACUACAAAGUGAAAGAACCUGGUGAAAGUCCUAUAUUUUGGUAUGCUCCAGAAUCACUGACAGAGAGCAAGUUUUCUGUGGCCUCAGAUGUUUGGAGCUUUGGAGUAGUCCUGUAUGAACUCUUCACCUAUAUUGAGAAGAGUAAAAGUCCACCAGCGGAAUUCAUGCGUAUGAUUGGCAAUGACAAACAAGGACAGAUGAUUGUGUUUCAUUUGAUAGAACUCUUGAAGAAUAAUGGAAGAUUACCAAGACCAGAUGGAUGCCCUGAUGAGAUCUAUUUGAUCAUGACAGAAUGCUGGAAUAAUAAUGUAAAUCAACGCCCCUCUUUCAGACAACUAGCUCUUCGCGUUGAUCAAAUAAGGGACAACAUAGCUGGAUGAACGAAAUGAACUUCACUCUGAGACCAAACUAAAGUUAGAGAACAAAGUUUUGUAUUUUCCAUUGCUGUGGACUAUUACUACAUAUAUCAUUGUUAUGAAUAUCAUGUUGCUAGCCACAAAGAUGUGGAAAUAUUAUAUCUGCUCAAAACUUUCAAAGUAUAGUGAGUUUUUCUUUAUGGGACACCAGUAAAAAAAAGUUGAUGAAAAGUUCUGAGUAAAGAAUUUUGUAAAAAAUUUCAUGAACUUAUUAGGCAAUUAACAUCACUUUUCUUUGGCAAAAGAAAAAAAAUAGAUGUUUUUUAACUCAGAAUUUUGAGAGAUGAAAAAAUUAUAAUAUAAAUUUUACAAUGUUAAAGAAGCACAGAAUACGUAUGUACAGUUUUUACCACAGUGAAUGUAUAAUACCUUGGCAUCUUGUGUGAUCUUUUACACAAGGGCUGGCUCAUUAAUGGUGUUUUAUAGUUUUUCCAUAGUUGAUCUAUAAUAACUUCACUAUACAAACGAAUUAAGAUUCUCAAAUAUUUGAAUAAGCACUUUUGUGUUCUUGUUCAUCUGUAUCACUGGCCAGCAAUAUAAGCAGGUGUACACUUUUUGCUUAUAAUUCUAUGUACUGUAAAUAUUUUUCAAAGAAAAGGGAACAAAUGUUUAGUUUUAUUUGUAUAGGAAUUUCCUUGACUAUAAAGAAUACAUUUUGAAAUGGAACAAGUUUACAAAGCUGUAACACAAUCUAUUUUCUUAUUUGUCUCCUUUGUAUCUAUUUGUGAUGAGUUUGUUGUGUGUGUUUUUAAAUAGAUCUCUAAAUUUUUCUAAGACUGGUAAAUAGUUUUCUUUUAAAAUUUUGAGAUUACAAAUUCAGGAAUAUUGUCAUCCCUUGAGCUAUUGGCUGCCAAUAUGAUUCUUCAAUCCUUGGGACCUAUCAUCAUGCAUUAAAUUUAAGUGUAAGCCUUAUGAUACGUUGUUUUUUAAGAUUAAGAUUCAUAGUGUGGGCUAGGGAUUUUUUUUUUAAAGACUGUAUUUUAGGGAUUUCAGAAAUCUCUUGUAGUCACAGAAGAAAUUUUUUCUGAGAAAAUUCAGAAAGUCAUAUAGUCAAAAGAGAAAUGAGAGGAAAUUGGUAAAAACAAAAAAAUAAAAAAAGUAUGCUUGUUAUUUUAUUCCAGAAUGCCAGUUGAAAAUUCUUAAUAUUCCUUUUAAGAAAAAUGAGAGCAUGCAUAUUUUCAGUGAAGUAUAAUGGGUUGUUUGUUGUCUUCGUCAUUUGUUUUAGUGCUACUUCAUUUUAGACACCAUACAUAAUAUGAGGUGGCAUUUAUUGUUAUUUAUAAAAAGUUUAAAAUACUUAGUAUUUGAGUUAAAAA